UACUGCGUAAGAGGAAACAGUUAACAGACCACAGACAUCGGGCUUCUGUAAUCACAAGAUACCGCUCUUGCUGCUAUUCGUACUUCGUACACUUCUUAGGCGAGUGUCGAGUCGUGCCGAUUAGAGCAGAUUAGAGCGCGAGUGACGACGUGCGACAUUCGGGCAGCGAGGUCCCUCUCUGAUUUAAGUUUUCGACGCAGCCGCGUGAGUUGACAGGAUUCGGACGGACGCGCGCGCGCGCGCGCGUGUGAGAUCGUGCUUGCGUCGCAAUCGUCAAGGAUUUCGCCGGGAUCAGAUCGCCGGGAAAGCUAAUGCUAAGCUAAAGAGACGCAGCAUGGAGAGCCCGGAGCAACCGAGUAACGAGCAAAAGCCGAAAGACAGGAUAGUCGGCCUGCUGGAUCAUAUCGAGGCUCACGUAGAGCAACUGCGGAAGGAUGCUGCCAGACUCAUGGAGGAGAAGGAUGGUCUGCUGACGACCUUGGACACUCUGAGGAACAACGACAUGCUGUACACUCUCGAGGAGCCUGAUAGAGAUGAUAUCUUGAGGUAUGCUGAUAGACUGUCCAUGCGCUGUUCCACUGUAGAUGUAUUGGUCACUGUCCAACGAGAUCACGUUCAGCAGGAAGCGUUACAUCAGGUUAACGGCUUGAUCGACAGCUUGGUCGUAGGCCUGCGACAGGACCCGAACAGCACUCGACAACGUUGCGCCGAAUUCAUGAAUGCGUGCUCCUCCCAUAGCAUGGGACAUUCCGACAAAAUCUUCGAAACUGCUAUUCUUGGCUGCACAUUGGAUGACCAAAAGCGAGUUAAAAAAAGGCUACAGGGAUUACUCGAUUAUAUCGAUAAGAUGCACAUCUUGGAAAUGACUCAGUAAAUGACAUCAAGGAAAUUGCUUGGUAGAUAAAAAAAGUUUGUCUCAUUUUCCAUAUGAGUUUCGAAUGGCGAAGCUUUUGACGGUCUAAAGCGCUGUUGUAGCGGUUUAAGGGAUAUUUGGGAAAGAAAUAUUCUUUAUGCCUUUUCUGUAUGGCUAAGUUUCCAUUUUCCUUCCACAUUUGUCGUUACUUCGAGUGAAACUUGGCUGUGUAUGGAAUACACAAUGAUUGAUUGAAUUUUAUUUUGUAGCGAUGCGAUACCGGGUCUCGACGUUUAUGUGAUUCCUGAAUGUAUUUUAAGAUUUAAUAUUUUGGCACUUUAGAAAAAAUUGAAAAAAAGAAUUUUGAAAAGCGUUCGAUAACAUUUUUCAAAUCUGUACGUUUUGAAAUAAAAAGGGAUUUCCUGAGAAUCUGUAAAAUUUUAAAUAUUGCACGAAUGAUGUAACUUUGAAAAUAUAAAGUAAAUGGGCUUCUUUAUAUUCCCACUCUAAUAGAAUCGUGCGUUUAUUCGUGAAAAGUAAAUCCGUUACUAUGUAAUUAUUACAUUGUAAUACAAGCGGCUUAAUUUGAUUUUAUAAUCAAAGCUCCUUAAGCAAUUUAAAUAUUCUGUUCAUUAUAAUCUUAAAUUUAAAAUCUUUUUUUCUUUGUUUUAUAUUUGCGUCCCUUUUUAAGAUUUCGUUUAUCAAAGGUCAGUUUUAGCAAAAUGUACAGAGAUUUUAUUGUGUUCCAGAAUAUUACAAAUAAGUAAAAAAUACAUUAGUUAUUAAGUAUAACUUAUUGUAAUAUAUUAUUGCCUUAAGAAACUGUAGUUUACACAAACUGUGCUUAAAGCUUUCAUUGUUUUAUUACAAUUUCUUAUUUCAAUUAUCAAAUGGAAUUAUGAUGUCAAAAGUGAUGACACAUGUAAAGAAAUAAAGAAAUCAGACGAUUUCUCAUUUUUGACAACGUAAUUCCAUCGUUACGUUAAAGAGAUAAAAGCCUUAAACCACAAUACAUGUUCAAAAUGCAUUUUUAUUUUCGUUAAUAUCAAAAUUUUGUAAAAUUGAGCAUGGUGGAAGUCUUAAGUUAUUAUUGAAUUUGGAUAAUCUUGAAUAAAAUUAAUCGACGCACUAAUCUGUAAAUAAUAAUUAUAUUACUAUUAUUGUUAUUAUUUAUCGCUACAUUCGUAUCGACAUAAAAAUCUUAAUUUCAUAAUUUGGUCCUUGAAAGCAAUUUAACGAUUAAUCGUUUAACACAUAUAUAUGAUAAUAUGGCGAGAUAUUUACAAAUUACGCGUCAUAUUCGUUAUCACUAUUCCCAUCCUAUUUGCAUUUGCGAGUACGCGUAGUUGCAAUUAAUAUUUUGCGAUUAAAUCUUCCGUACCUUACAAUCUACAACCAUUUGGUUAACGUUAUGAGCAACAUUAUUAAUUAUAUGAUGAUUAUUUCUA